AUGCAACGGCGACACGUACGCUCAGCCUCAACGCGUUCAGGCGCGAGGAGUGAACGGCACUGCGUAGGUGCUGUCAGUUCUAAAGAAAUUGUGCAAACACGGCGGUUCUUGAAGAAGCCCUUGGUAGUUGAACGAUCAGCGAAGAUAAACGGGCUGUCGCAACAUGAUAGAAAAACUCAUGAGUGUGAAAAAGGAUCACAAUCGGCGUUGGAAGCUGAUAGUAUUCGGUGGCCAGCGUCUUCUUCUCUUUCUUUGCGUCAUGUGAACAUUCCACCUGCGUUUUGUUUGCCGCAUUAUCGAUGGUCGCCGCUGCAUACAUCCUGCGCUCAGACUGUGGUGGAGGAGCAUGAGGCCGUUAUUCAGUGGUAUGAGCAGAAUCUGCGACCAAGUGAUGUAAAUGUAGACGAUGAAGUUGCAGUUGCGUGGCUUACAACAGCGCGGUCACGGUGCGACGCGCUGUGUACUUUUGCACAGGGGCAUCGCACCUUGUAUGGCUUAUUAGACGCGAACAAGCUUCAAGAGAUGGAGGCAUGUCUGCUUCGCCUAUUGCUGUGUGUGAAGAGAGCUGAGCAGCAUUGGAAUUUGAUAUCAACCAGGUCAUCUGUGGGAACUUCACUGAAUACAACUAGAACUGCGUGUCAGCAGACUGGUGCACGGGAGAAGCACAUUAGCUUUGCGAGGCCCUUAGUUCACUUUUUUUCUUCCGUCGUAUUGCCUGAGGAGGAGGAGCCAGCGGGAGGUAGUUUGGUUGGCGCAACAUUCCCGGUGCUGCCAGAGGAAAGCACUGAAGCUAGGGGCGAAAAUGUUGAUGAUGCCCCCUACACAGGCAGAACCAGUGGUGUCUACUACGGUAAUCUUUCUUCUGGACUAGGGGCAGUUAACACAAUUUCUACUCAGCGGCCUAUACGUGACGAAGAAAAAAACGAGCUUUCAUGGCCUCAGCCGCGGCAGAGAUUAAGCGGCUUAGUUGCUGCUGAGGACGCAGUCGAGAGCGUGCUGAGUCCGGUUUCCUCUUCCUACCGGCUCUUUUCUACGCCCUUUGUGCUCGGGUCAGGGGUGUGGCUGCGGAAAGAACGACGUGUUUGCCAGAAUUUUUGGUUGUACAUUUUUUUGACCACCACCUGUUGUGUGCUUUCCUUGCUGGCGGUGGUAUUGGCGCGGGCAAUGCUGAUUUAG